GCGGCGGCAGCGGCAGCGGCGGCGGCGGCGGCCGGGGAGGUUCAUAAUAAAGGUGCUAAGAAAGAGAAUGUAAGAAAGGAAAAUACAUAUUUUUACUGAGGCUGCGUGAAAGAGGUGUUUCAUACUUUCUAUUGCUAGUGGCUGGAACAACACAAUGGAUCACAGGGGAGCCUUAGACACAGAGGAAGAGCUGGGGCCUCUAGCCCACCUUGCGCCAAGCCCUCAAAGUGAGGCUGUGGCUCACGAAUUCCAGGAACUGUCUCUCCAGUCCAGCCAGCACUUACCCACGCUGAACGAAAGGAAGAAUGGAAGUAUAGUCUUUGGGGAGUCAGGACUGCAGCUUCCUCUGCCGGCUCAGUCUGUGAGCACAGUGCUCCAGCUGAGGCUGCAACAGAGGAGGACAAGAGAGCAGCUAGUGGACCAGGGCAUCAUGCCACCUCUGAAGAGUCCAGCAGCAUUCCAUGAGCAGAUCAAAAGCCUGGAGCGAGCCAGAACUGAAAACUUUCUGAAGCACAAGAUCCGGAGCCGCCCAGAUCGUUCUGAGCUGGUCAGGAUGCACAUUUUAGAAGAAACAUUUGCAGAGCCAUCUCUUCAAGCCACACAGAUGAAGUUGAAGAGAGCUCGGUUGGCAGAUGACCUGAAUGAGAAGAUUGCUCAAAGGCCUGGUCCCAUGGAGCUGGUGGAGAAGAACAUCCUUCCUGUAGAUUCGAGUGUCAAGGAAGCGAUUAUAGGUGUGGUGAAGGAGGACUAUCCUCACACGCAUGGUGAGUUCUCAUUUGAUGAAGAUAGCAGUGAUGCUUUGUCUCCAGAUCAGCCAGCGAGCCAAGAGUCCCAGGGCUCAGCUGCAUCCCCCAGUGAGCCAAAAGUCAGUGCCUCACCACCUCCUGUCACUGCGAGCACUCCAGUCCAGUUUACCUCAGUGUCCCCAGCAGUUCCUGAAUUCUUGAAAAGCCCUGUGGACCAGCCUCCCACGAGGUCUACAGCUUCUGUCCUCCCCACGAACACUGUGUCCUCAGCAAAGUCUGGCCCAACACUGGUGAAGCAAAGCCAUCCCAAGAAUCCAAACGACAAACACCGUAACAAAAAAUGCAAAGACCCGAAACCCCGAGUGAAGAAGCUCAAGUACCACCAGUACAUUCCGCCCAACCAAAAAGGGGAGAAGAGCGAGCCACACAUGGACUCCAACUAUGCCCGCCUGCUCCAGCAGCAGCAGCUCUUCCUACAGCUGCAGAUCCUGAGCCAGCAGCAGCAGCAGCAACAGCAGCAGCACUACAACUACCAGACCAUCCUGCCCGCACCUGUCAAAACUGACAAGAACAGCAGCAGCAGUAGCAGCAACAGCAGCAGCACAGGUGUGCCGGCGAGGAGGCCAGGACCACUGCCUUCUAGCUUGGAUGACUUAAAGGUGUCAGAGCUGAAGACAGAACUCAAACUGAGGGGUCUGCCAGUGUCAGGAACUAAACCAGACCUCAUUGAACGCCUGAAACCCUACCAGGAAGUGACCAGUAAUAACCUUGCCACUGGCAGUAUUGUGGCAGUGUCAUCAGCAGCUAUUGUCACCAGUAACCCAGAGGUCACAGUGACACUGCCAGUCACAACACUGCAUAAUGCUGUAACCAACUCUGUGUCCACUUUCAAGGCAGACUUGCCACCUUCUGGAUCCAGCAGUGUGCCCCAUGUCGAAAAUGCCCAUUCCCCUUUGCCCAUCUCGCCAUCACCCUCCGAGCAGUCCAGUCUCAGUACCGAUGACACAAACAUGACAGACACCUUCACGGAGAUCAUGACCAUGAUGUCACCUUCCCAGUUCUUGUGUUCAUCUCCCCUGAGGGUGGCAAGCCAUGAGGACAGCCUGAGCCCCACCAGUAGCACCCUGUCAACCCUAGAACUGGAUGCCGCUGAGAAGGACCGCAAGCUUCAGGAGAAGGAGAAGCAGAUUGAAGAGCUGAAGAGGAAACUGGAACAAGAACAGAAGCUGGUGGAAGUCCUCAAGAUGCAGCUGGAGGUGGAAAAACGUGGGCAGCAGCGACCCCCAGAUUCUCAGCCCAGUGGCUCCACACAUCCCUUUAGUACAUCAGAUCUGAAACUUGGCAAUGUCCGGUCCUCCGUCAAAGAUGAGACCUCACUCCCUGACUGCUCCAGCCCCCAGCAGUCCAUCCCAGUGCCUGGCCAUUCUGUAGGCCAGCCCAUCUCCACAGGUAGCCAGACCCUUGUUGCCAAAAAGGCUGUGGUCGUCAAGCAGGAGGUCCCCAUGGCCCAAACAGAGCAGCAGAAUGUUGUCUCGCAAUUCUACCUGAGCUCCCAGGGACAGCCACCUGCCCUUGUUGCUCAGCCUCAGGCCUUACUGACCACACAGACAACCCAGCUACUGUUACCGGUGUCCAUCCAGGGUUCAAAUGUUACUUCAGUGCAACUCCCAGUAGGCAGCCUCCAACUCCAGACACCAGCACAAGGAGGCGUCCAGGCUCAGCCUCAGGUAGCUGCAGCCACACAGGUCCCAGCUGCAGCCCUGCCCUCAGCCUUGGCCUCAGCCCUGCCUCAGAAGCAGGAGGCCUUCCCACAGCAUGUGUUGGUCCAGCCUCAACCAGUCAGAAAGGUCUUCACAAACUCGGCACCAAACACAGUUCUUCAAUACCAGAGACAGCCUGGCCCAGCGACCCCGCAGCCCUUUGUCAGUAAGACCUCUAACCCUGCUCUUCAAUCUAGAAGCACCCCGCUUGUACCCCUGCAAAAUGGACCUGGCCCAGCCAGCAAGCCUAGCUCACCACCCCCACCUCAGCAAUUUGUUGUCCAGCACUCUUUGUUCGCGACCCCAGUCACAAAGACAAAAGAUCCACCUCGGUAUGAGGAAGCCAUCAAGCAGACACGCAGCACCCAGUCAGCCCUUCCAGAGGUUUCCAGUGUGCACAGUCAGCAGAUGGAUGACCUCUUCGACAUCCUCAUAAAGAGUGGAGAGAUUUCCUUCCCGAUAAAAGAGAAGCCUUCUCCAAUUUCCAAGAUGAAACCAGUGACAGCCAGCAUCACUACAAUGCCAGUCAAUACAGUGGUGUCUCGGCCUCCGCCGCAGGUCCAAAUAGCACCGCCUGUAUCCUUAGAACCUGUGAACAGUUUAUCUGCCAGCCUAGAGAACCAGCUGGAAGCCUUCUUGGAUGGAGCUCUGCCCUCAGCCAAUGACGUUGCCCCACUACAGGGCAGCAGUGAGGACAGAGAGCCUUUGUCUCUGAUCGAGGAUCUCCAGAACGACUUGCUGAGUCACUCCAGCAUGCUGUACCAGUCUCACUCACCCAUGGAGACCUCUGAGGCCCAGUUUGUGUCAGGGACGCCCUGUCUGUCUCUUGACCUGUCAGACCCCAACCUGGACAACAUGGAGUGGCUCGACAUCACCAUGCCCACCACAUCCUCUGGGCUCACUCCACUGAGCACCACUUCACCAAGCAUGUUCUCUGCUGAUUUUCUGGACCCACAGGACCUGCCACUGCCAUGGGACUAAGGUCACAGGUCACUUGUCUCAGAGCUCAUAAGAUUUGGAAACAUGAAAACAAUCCUGAGGCCAGUGCUUAGAGCUGGAGCCAUAGCUGCACUGUGAAAGUUAAAAUAAAUCGUCACAGAAAAAAAGGAAGGCCACAGCCUGGAAGCCAAGUGUGAGAGACUCCACAGAGACAGUCCUUGUGAAAUGCCUUAGAUAAAGCCAAAGGCCAGGCACCAUCCACAGGAAGUGGCUCUGGUCACCAGCCACAUUUCAUCAGCGCUGCUCUCCUCAUGGGCCUAAGAAGAGGCAAGCAGUUCCACUUGAAACACCAGGCUACCAUGAGGGAGG